UCCUGCUUAUGUACUGGCAGAGCCGCAUGGAUUUUAAAUACUACUCACGAGGCUGGGUUUUGCUGCCUUAGCAGAUCUCCGCCCUCUUCUCGUUCAGCCUCGUGUGGCGCAUACACCUACCACUCUUCGUGGUGCACCCACGGAUCCUGAAUUUCGACCUCAGCCAACAUCCUCGGCGGUACUGUCAAUGCGUUUAACCGGAGGUUAAGCCAGACAAAGCUACCACGGCCAACGGCCUUGAGCAGGGCCACAAGCUCCGGCUGAGCUACGGUCAUCAUGGCCAGCUCGGGUGCCAAUCCACAGCCUUCCGGCUCAAAUAGAAGCAGUAAUUUCUCUGGUCCAGGCCCCGCACGACGCAAUUCGUCCUCGUCCUAUAGCAGCGAUGCCUACGCCCCAUCAAUACAUGGCCUCUUUACCCUCACCCUCCAUGGCAACUGUUCAAGAUGCCAUCAUCACCACAGCUCUGCAAGGUUUAAAGUGAACCUUUCUCACAACCCCAACGUCACUACCGACCUUAGAUGUCAACGUUGCAAUGAGAAAUGGCUCGCUAUUGGAGGUCGCAAUGCUACUCAGCUCUCCUUGCUCUCCAUCAAUUCCACUAGACCAGAUCUUGUGGCGAGUGAGGUCCGGUAUUCACUCGUCAACAUGGUGCGGACGACGAUUCCCUUUGCAACUCUGUCGCCUGUAUUAGCUGAGAUCGCCGAAUUAUCCUCUGGACCGUCCCGUCAACAAUCCUUGCGCGCCCCUCCAGUCGAUGAUGCUGAAAUCGACGGUUCACCUAGGCACCAGCCAGUUGAUUUAGUACGCUCAGCUCAGUUCGAGAAUAUCACGACCCUGCCACUACAAGGGCCAGAAAACUUCCCAACGGCUCCCUCCGUACAGCCAAGCAUUAGCCAGAAGUACGGACUACAUACAGAAAAGCACCUCGCCCAUCUGAAGGAGAGUCUGGGAAUGCGAUUUCCUGCGCUUCAUCGAGCAAACCUUAGCCGCAGGCUUGGCAUCAUUAAACAGUCAAAGAUAUCGGCCAAACGUCGGGGCAAACAGCCCGUCAGAAACCAUACGUCGACUGAGAACACGAUGAAUGCAAGCCAGGUGCUGGAUGCGAAUGUUCCAGAGCAGCCCCAUGAGGGAGAUUACCUGCAUGAACCACCCAGUCAAGGUCCUGGUUCGGUCGACAUUGCGGCUACACCAAGUGAUGCUGCAGCCCAAUUCCUAGCAAUUUUGGCGAAUGAUUCGACAAACUUGAGUACAUUGACUGAGAAAGAGAAGGCCACCUGGGUGCGAGCAAAAUAUACCGAGUUCAAGAAUCGGCACACGAGUUCGAGACGUGUCCCUGUCACGGUGUCUGUAGGGAAAUCAAUCACGCCAAGUCUUGCUACAGAAGGGCUCCAAUAUGAGGAAGUCAACUCACUUCGAGGACGCUCUCUCGACCUCUUUGGAAUGGGAAUUCAUUAUGGUCAUCUCGACGGAUACUACCCAGGCUGUGCAAGUUUAAGCGAGAGAAUCUCUGAAGCAGAGACGGCUGUCGACGACACCAUCACCGUUGCUUCUGGUCCGCGCUACUCUUGGAUAGAGCACUCACGGAUGGAGCGUUCCGGCUCUCCGCGACCGCUGAGCCUGAAUGCUUACACACUACAGCGGGCUCGCCGUAAUCGAAACGAGCUGCGGCGCUCCGUGGAAUCAGCACUUACAGAAGAAGCAAUCAGAAGCACUUCGAGACCCAGAUCUCCCGCCACCGAUCGAUCCUCCCAUAGCUAAAUGAUGCCUACGUCGAAAUUAUCUGGGACCCAUAUGACAGUGUCACGGACCCCUCUCGCCAGUCGUUAGGUUAACAGUAAGACGACGAUAACACAUUGCGUGACCUCGUAUACUAACAACGAGACGUCAAGCAAAGCACUACAUUUCUGCGUUUCAAGAGCUCUUUCUUAUUCGUAGCAUCUUACAAGCUCAUUGCCAAAUUAACCUUCUUUCAUGUCGAUGUACGAAAGUCAUGUCUCCAUAGCCCUUCCUUUGCAACACCAAUGCA